CCAGAGUGCGUCUCCCGGAGCUCGAGGGCUUCUCGGGACCCCAGGCUGGCCCGGGACACAAGAAACAGCGAGGCGCGGGCGGAGGCUGAGUCGCAGGGCGCCGAGCCGGGAAGAGCCGAGGCCUCCGGGACUCGGCGCCUCCAGGUCGGAAAGGCGGUGGGGGAGGUGCAAGUGGCGGCAGGUGAGAGCGAAUCUGGGGCUGGAGGGGGAGACGGGCCCCGGGACCCAGCGCCGCUGGCCGCCCUCGUGGCGCUCCGCAGGCUCCGCGCGAAAUCGCCGGCAGGCCCCGCUCCCCAGGCCGCCGCUUCGGUUCCCCGCCGCGCCGGCCUUAAAGAGCGGCUGCGGCGCGUGGCGCGCGCCCUGGGUCUGCUGCGGUGGCUUUGGCUGCGGCUGCGGCGGCCGGAGGGCGAGGGCCGGGGGACGGGGUCGCGGGCGGCCGGGGGGCGGGGCCGCAGGCCGGGACCGAGGCGCCGUCUAGCGCUGCGCCUGGCGGGCGUAGCGAGACUGGGGGCGCGGCUCAGGCCUCCCCCUGGCGGCGGCUCGAGCUCCCCACAGCCUUCGAAGAGCCCAGCUCCCGAGGACCCUUCUGAGGAUGAGGACCGGACUCCGGAUCCCAAGUUCGCGGUCGUGUUCCCCAGGAUGCACAGGACCGGGAGGGAGUCGAGCAGUCGGAGCUCAGAGGAAGCGUCCGCGGACGCCCCAGCCCGGGGGGGACGCGUUUGGCCUUGUGAAGGGGCUUCGGGGGACAGGGAGGGGCGCAGGGCGAGUGGAGAAAGUGUGGCCGGGCCCCGCCGGGGCUCUCUCCUCGGCCCUGCUCCCCGCGACGAGUCCCCACUGGACGAGAGCGGCUCCAGCAGUGAAGCGCGGCCGGAAACCUUGGAGGCCGAGGCUCCGGUCCACUGGACUCAGAGCUCAGAACCCCGCGAGGACCCCGGACUUGACACCGACGGCGCGCUGCUGCCUCGACUCACCUUGGAGACCCACCUGCGGUGGGAGAGAAGCCCGGGCCCCUGCGGGCCUCCGAGGGGGCGGUGGGUGCCAGACGAUGAGGCUGAGGAGGCGCUGGAGAGGGACCUGGAGCUGAGCCUCGGGCCGGGCCUGGAGGUACCGCCCUCCCUGGGAGCGGAGGGCAGGAGCCUUGCGGAAGGCCUGGAAGACACGGACGACCUGGCUCGGCUGCGACCAGUGUGUAACAGCUCUGUGCUGCUGUGCCUCAAGAAGAGGUUUCACCUGGGCCGAAUCUACACAUUUGGGGGACCCUUUCUGCUCUCCCUGAACCCCCGCCGGCCCCUGCCUCUCUUCUCAGCUGAGGUCCUGGCCAGCUACCACCCCAAGAAGGCCCUUAACACCACCCCACAUAUCUUCGCCAUCGUGGCGUCAGCCUAUCGCUUGUCUCAGAGCACUGGGCAGGGCACAUGCAUUCUCCUCGGUGGGCACAGUGGCUCAGGGAAGACAGAAGCUGCCAAAAAGAUUGUGCAAUUCCUAAGCAGCCUGGAGCAGGAGCAAACAAGGGACAGAAGAUGUCAGCUGGACGGUGUGCUGCUGAUGCUUCGCAGCUUUGGCCACGCCAAAACAGUCCUCAAUGCAAACGCCAGUCGCUUUGGCCAGGUCUUGCGUCUCUGCCUGCAGCGUGGGGUCAUCGUGGGAGCUUCUGUGUCACAUUAUCUGCUGGAGGCCUCGAGGGUGGUGUUUCAGGCCCAGGCUGAGCGGAGCUUCCAUGUUUUCUACGAGUUGCUGGCGGGGCUGGACCCUGUGGCACGGGAGCAGCUCUCCCUACAGGGGCCAGAGACCUACUACUACCUGAACCAGGGCCAGGCCUGCAGGCUCCAGGGCAAGGAUGAUGCCCAGGACUUCGAAGGACUUCUGAAGGCCCUGCAGGUGCUGGUCACGCGCCCUGAGGAGCUGACCGCAGCCUGGGCCAUGCUGGCCGCCAUCCUGCAGCUGGGCAACGUCUGCUUCUCCUCUUCAGAGCGGGAGUCCCAGGAGGUGGCUGCUGUGUCCAGCUGGGCCGAGAUCCACACGGCAGCCCGGCUGCUGCUGGUGCCACCAGAGCGCCUGGAGGGGGCUGUCACCAGGAAGGUCACGGAGACAGCCUAUGGCUGGGUCUGCAGAUCUCUGCCGGUGGAAAGCGCCAUUGAUGCCAGGGACGCCCUGGCCAAGGCCCUGUAUUCACGGCUUUUCACUUGGCUUCUGGGGAGGACCAACGCGCAGCUGGCACCACCCAGGGAGGGAGAGAGCAUGGACACCGUCACCGUCGUGGACGUCUAUGGCUUUGAGGCCCUGCGGGUGAAUGGCCUGGAACAGCUGUGCAAUAACCUUGCCAGCGAGCGCCUGCAGCUCUUCACCAGGAAGACGCUGCUGGCCCAGGAGGAGGAGGCCUGUCAGCGAGAGUUGCUGCCCUGGGUGCCCGUUCCCCAGCCUGUGAGGGAGACCUGCCUGGACCUCCUCGUAGACCAGCCCCACAGCCUCCUGAGUAUCCUGGAUGCCCAGACAUGGCUGUCCCAGGCCACAGACCACACCUUCCUCCAGAAGUGCCACUAUCACCAUGGCAGUCACCCCUGCUAUGCCAAGCCCCAGCUGCCCCUUCCUAUCUUCACCGUGAGGCAUUACGCUGGGACCGUCACCUACCAGGUUCACAAGUUUGUGGACAGAAACCGGGAUCAUCUUGACCCUGCCGUGGUGGAAAUGCUUGCUCAGAGCCAGCUCCAGCUGGUGGGCAGCCUGUUCCGGGAAGCAGAGUCCCGGUCCGGGGAUGGGCGAGGCAAACCCACGCUGGCGUCUCGCUUCCAGCAUUCUCUGGAGGACCUCCUAGCCCAGUUGGGCAGGAGCCAUGUCUAUUUCAUCCAGUGCCUCAACCCCAACCCGGGAAAGCUUCCGGGUCUCUUUGAUGUAGAACACGUGGCAGAGCAGCUGCUCCAGGCAGGCAUCCUGGAGGCAGUGUGUACCCGCAGUGCCAACUUUCCUGUGCGUGUGCCCUUCCAGGCUUUCUUGGCCAGGUUCCGGGCCCUGGGGACAGAGGGGCAGGGAGAGUCCUCAGACCGGGAGAGGUGUGGCGCCAUCCUGAGCCAGGUGCUGGGGGCUGAGUCGCCCCUCUGUCGCCUGGGAGCCACCCAGGUCCUGCUGCGGGAGUCCGGCUGGCGGCAGCUGGAGUGGCACUGGGCCCGGCGACGCUCCCAGGCCCUGCUCGCCCUGCACCGCAGCCUGCGCGCGUGCAUCUCUCGCCAGCGCCUCCGCCUCCUCCUCCUGCCGCGGAUGCAGGCGCGCGUGCGAGGGCUCCAGGCCAGGAAGCGGUACCUCCGGCGGCGGGCGGCUCUGGGACAGCUGAACACCAUCCUGCUGGUGGCCCGUCCCCUGCUCUGGAGGUGGCAGAGACGGCAGCUUGGGCAUUGGCGUGGUUGGCACAGCAGGAGGACCUCCGAGAAAGCUCCAAGCAUGGAGCUGGGACGCUUGGAGAUCCCGGCUGAGCUGGCCGUCAUGCUGAAGGUGGCAGAAGGCCGUCAACAUGUUUUGGCUGAUAGCAUCACUGAGUCGAUGCCCCCGGAAGUGCCUGUCCGGCCCAAGCUGACCCUCCCCCCCGACAUUGACCAGUUUCUGUUCUCCAGCUUCAUAUCCAUUAGCUUUCAGGAGCCAUCCCUGCCCCACCCUGGGCAGCCACUGACCAAGCCCCUGACCCGGCUGGUCGGGGAGAACCCUCAGCAUGCCCUGGAUAUCAACAAGGUGCUGCUGCGGCUCCUGGGGGACGGGUCCCUGCCCUCCUGGCAGGAGCAGACCAUGGGCGAAUACCUGGUGCGACAGGGGCAGCGCCGACCAGGGCUGCGGGACGAGAUCUUCAGCCAGCUCGUGGCCCAGAUCUGGCACAACCCGGACGAGCAGCAGAGCCAGCGCAGCUGGGCCCUCAUGGCCAUGCUGCUCAGCGCCUUUCCCCCAAUGCCCACCCUGCAGAAGCCGCUGCUCAAGUUUGUGUCCGACCAGGCCCCCACAGGCAUGGCAGCACUGUGCCAGCACAAACUCCUGGGGGCCCUGGAGCAGACGCGGCUGGCCCCCGGGAUGGCACGCGCCCACCCGCCCACCCAGCUCGAGUGGACAGCCGGACGGCGGCGGGGCCGCAUGGCACUGGACGUCUUUACGUUCAAUGAGGAGUGCUACUCAGCCGAGGUGGAGUCCUGGACCACGGGGGAGCAGUUCGCUGGGUCUAUUCUGCAGAGCAGAGGCCUGGAGGUGCCCCCCCGUGGCUGGUCCGUGUCACUGCACUCCAGGGAUUCCUGGCAGGAUUUGGCUGGCUGUGACUUCGUGCUGGACCUCAUCGGCCAGACUGAGGACCUGGGGGACCCCGUCAGUCCUCGCAGCUACCCCAUUGCCCCCCGUGGCUUACCUGAGGACAUCCCCCCUGCCCCUGGCAUCCAGGCCCCCUCACUGCCCCCAGAUCCACCUCCGGGUCCGCCCCCAACACUGUCCAGCAGGAGCCACACAGCCGAGUCUCAGGUCUCAGGGAGUCUGGAUGGCUUCCUGGACCACCUCUUCGAGCCGGUCCUCUCCCCAGGCCGCAGCGAUCUGGAGCAAGGCUGGGCUCUGAGCAGCCGCAUGAAGGGAGGGGGCGCCAUUGGGCCCAUGCAACAAGGCAGCUACCCCAUGGUUUACCCAGGGAUGAUGCAGAUGCCCGGAUACCAGCCGGCCAUGAUGCCUGCAGCCAUGCCCAUGAUGCCGGCGGUGGGCGCAGUCCCUGCCAUGCCAGCCAUGGUGGUGCCGCAGCAGCCACAGCCGCAGCCCCUGCUUCCCGGUGUGGACCCGAGGCAGCUGGCGGCCCAGCAGCAGAACUUCAUCAACCAGCAGGCGCUGAUCCUGGCCCAGCAGAUGACUACCCAGGCCAUGACCCUGUCGCUGGAGCAGCAGACGCAUCAGCGUCAGCGCCAGGCAGAGGCCCAGACCCGUGGAGCUGCUGCCCCGACCUCACCCCCAGCCGUCACCCCCAAGCCCAAGAAGCCCCUGGUUCCACGGGAGGAGCCGGAGCAGGAGCUGGAAUCGGAGAUCUCCCAGGAGCCCCGAGACAAGCCCCGGAGGCCUAAGAGCUUCCAGCAGAAACAGGAAUUUUUCCAGAAACUGGGGCAGCAGCAGAUCAAGGUGAAGACAGUGAAGCCGCCGGCCAAGAUACAGAUCCCCCAGGAGGAGGAACAGGACGAGGAGCAGGACGAAGAGGAGCCCAGAGCAGUGCCAUCCCCUCCUCCUCCCCCUAUAGUGAAGAAGCCACUGGCACGAGGGGGGGCCAAAGCCGCACGAGAGGCUGAGGCUGAGCCGGCCCAGGAGGCGGGGCCUGGUGCUGAUCCGGAGCCCGCACAGGACAGAGACCUGGUCCGCAGCUCGGACCCCGCGCCCCGACGGCGGGCAGAGCCCAGCAGGGAGAUCCGCAACAUCAUCCGCAUGUACCAGAGCCGCCCGGGUCCUGUUCCUGUGCCAGUGCAGCCAUCCAGGAGGCCCCCAACGUCUUUCAUGAAGAAAAACAACCCCAAGGAUGAGGCUCUGGCUAAGUUGGGGAUCAGUGGUGCCCACACAUCCACAUCGGUGCUGUCCCCCAGCCCAAAGAAGGGCCCCCCGCCACCUGUGGCCCCUCGACCCAAGGUCCCAACACAGCUUGGGCCCUCCAACUCCAUCAAGGAGGACCAGGGUCUGUUUGGCCAGACUCCGCCCACUGCCCAUGCACCCCCACCUCCUCCAGCGCCCCCACUGCCUGGGGAACCAGGGACCCUUUCAGCGGAGCCCCGUGGCUUGAUGGAGCCCAUGGGGGACCAGGGGGUCUCCACCCAGCUGCUCGUGCCCUCUGGCAGCGUGUGUUUCUCCUACGUCGGUGCGCCCUGGAGGCUGUUCCUACGCAAGGAGGUGUUCUACCCCCGGGAAAACUUCAGCCAUCCCUACUGCCUCCGGCUCCUCUGUGAGCAGAUCCUGAGGGACACCUUUGCCGAGUCCUGCACCCGGAUCUCCCAGGAUGAGCGGCACAAAAUGAGAGAGCUACUGGGAGACCUGGAGGUGGGUCUAGAUUCGCUCAGUACCACCGAGGACAACAUCAAGAAGCGCAUCGUGGUGGCCGCUCGGGACAACUGGGCCAAUUAUUUCUCCCGAAUCUUCCCUGUCUCGGGUGAGAGUAGCAAUGACGUGCAGCUGCUGGGCGUGUCCCACCGGGGGCUGAGGCUGCUCAAGGUGACCCAAGGCCCCAGCGUCCACCUCAACCAGCUGAAGACUCUCUGCUCAUACAGCUUUGCUGAGGUGCUGGGCGUGGAGUGCCUGGGCAGCUCCACUCUGGAGCUGUCACUAAAGGCUGAGCAGCUGGUGUUGCACACGGCCCGGGCAGGUGCCAUCAAGGCCACGAUUGAGCUGUUCCUGAGUGAGCUCAAGAAGGACUCUGGCUAUGUCAUCGCCCUGCGAAGCUACAUCACCGAUGACCACAGCCUCCUCAGCUUCCACCGUGGGGACCUCAUCAAGCUGCUGCCAGUGGCCGCUCUGGAGCCCGGCUGGCAGUUCGGCUCCACCGGGGGCCGUUCUGGACUCUUUCCCGCCAACAUGGUUCAGCCAACUGCUGCUCCAGACUUUUCCUUUUCGCCAGAGAGGAGUGGCCGGCACAUGAGUCAGCUGCAGCACGGAGAGCCGGGGCUGGCUCGGUGGGAGAGGGCCACGGAGCGCCAUGCCCACCCCCGGAGCCAGACACACAGUGACAACUCCGAGGCCACCAGCUCGACCCACUCUGCGGCCUACCUCUCUCUGUCCACGGAAUCCCACAACUACACCAUGCAGGAAUUUGCCCUGAACCACUUCCGGAAGCCUCAGACCUUGCUGGACCACACACAUGGAGAUGCUAAGAAGGCCAUGGCCAGCCUGGUGCAAUACACCAAGGCUCCCAUACAAGAAUCGCUCAUCAGCCUCAGUGAUGAGGAUGCCAACAGGCAGGCUGUGGAAAGCUUCCAGGUUCUGAUGCAGUUCAUGCAGGACCAGCCCAAGCCCCGGGGCAAGAAUGAGUCGGAGCUCCUUUACGAGCUGCUGAGGCUGUGUCGGGAGGAGAACCUCAGGGAUGAGAUUUACUGCCAAGUCAUCAAACAGGUCACAGGACACCCUCAGCAGGAACACUGUGCUCGUGGCUGGAGCUUCCUCAGCCUCCUCGCAGGCUUCUUCCCCCCGUCAACCACGCUGAUGCCCUAUGUGACCAAGUUUCUGCAGGACUCAGGCCCAAGCCAAGAGCUGGCCCAGAAAAGCCAGGAGCACCUCCAGCACACAGUCAAAUAUGGGGGGCGCCGGCGGCUGCCCUCUCCGGGUGAAAUUCAGGCUUUCCUGAAAGGGCAAGCAGUCCGCCCGCUUCUCAUUCACUUGCCAGGGGGUCUGGAUUACAAAACCAGUAUCCAGACUUUCACGGUGGCAGCAGAAGUGCUGGAGGAGCUGUGCCGGCAGAUGGGCAUCACUGACCCCCAGGAAAUGCAGGAAUUUGCCCUCUUCCUCAUCAAAAAGGAAGGCGAGCUGGUGCGGCCCCUGUGGCCCCACGAGUACCUCAACAGCGUGUUGGAUCAGGACAUGAGCCUACACAGCCGGCGGCUCAGCUGGGAGACCCAGCUGCACUUCGAUCACCCCACCUACAUCACCACCCACUACAAGCAGGUGCUGCGGGACUAUCUCCAGGGGAAGCUGUUGGUCAGUCCCCAGGCAAACGCCCAACUGGCCAGGCUGGCCGCCCUGCAGCACCGCAGCCAGACCCAAGAGGACCGGCUGUCAGAGCAAGACCUGUUGGCUUACUUGCCAAAGCCGCUGCAACGGUUAGUGAGCACGUCAACCAUAAAGAACCUGAUGGAACAGGAGUUGAGGUGGAUGCAAGCAUGCAGCUCCCAAGAAGCACAGAUCAGCUUCAUUGAGGCUGUGAGCCAGCUGCCCCUCUUUGGCUACACCGUCUAUGUGGUGUUGCGGGUCAGUCAGCUGGCCCUGCCCGGACCCAGCCUCCUGGGACUCAACCGCCAGCACCUCAUCCUCAUGGACCCCAGCUCCCAGAAACUGUACUGCUCCGUCGCCCUGAAGGACCUGCAGAGACUCCACCUGCUGAGCCCCCUGGAGAGCGAUGGGCCCCCUGGCCUGGAACUCAACUACGGCUCUGCCGACAACCCCCGGACCAUCUGGUUUGAGCUGGUGAAGGCCCAGGAGCUGAAGCACACCAUCGCCUUCCUGAAGGACAGCGGCACUGCUUCCAACUAACGGCUGGCCUCACCCAAGAAGAGGGGGAGGGGGAGGCGAUGAGGAAGGGGCCCCUCCCACAUCCAAGUCUGACUGGGAGGGUCUCCCUUGGGUGCCAUCAGGCCAUUUUGGUUUGGACUCCACUCCCCCACCCCCCACGCCCGGCUGUUCUGGAACCUCCCACAGCACGGAGCUCCUGGCCCACGUGGAGGCCGUGAGGCAGGAGCUACUACGGUGACAUCAACUGGGAAAGAGAGUAGCAAGACUCCCCCCUGGGGGUUCCCGGAGUGGGGGCUGCAGGAACUCGCUUGGGCAGCUGAUGCUGCCUACCCUGGGGGAGAUGCCCGUACGGCGCCAGGCCCUGGCUCAACACCAGAACGAUCCCAGGCCUGGGAGAAGCAAAUGCUGAGGAAAUAAAACUCCCAAGAGAAAAA